AUGUCUGAUUUAUUAACAUAUUCAAUCAUGUAUAACAGUGGUAGUACCACCAAUACUACUACUACCACUGGUAUGAAACAUCAACAACAACCAUUCAGUUUACCACCAUUGUCUCCACCAACCUUAAGACAAUUACCACCAAUUCAACAUCAACAUAUUCAACAACCACAAAUAGUGCUACCACCAAUUAUACCUUCAAACUAUACCACAUCCAAACCAAUGCCAACAAUGUCUGUUUCUGGUUCUGGUUCUACCACUCCACAACGUCUUACAGAAUCAAAUUUAACUAGCCAUCAUCAUGGAUUAGGGUUACUAACUUCAGCAAUGAUGAACAUUGAACAACCACCAUCAUUAACAUCUUCUUCAUCCUGUUCUUCUAUUGCAUCCUUAUCAUCUCCAUCUUCUCCAGAAAUGUCACACGCACAUCAUCAUUCACAUUCCAAUUCUCAUCAUCAAAAGAGAAGACAAAGAUUAGGACCAAGUUGUGAUUCAUGUAGAUUAAGAAAAGUUAAAUGUAAUGCAGAAAUCAUUAUCCUUUCUAAAGAUGUUAAACCUAAUUUAGUAUAUGGAUGGUUCCCUCAUUUAAAUCAACAACAAAUGGAUAAUUUAUUAGGUGGUCAAUUAGUUAAUUUGAUUGAAGAUGGUGGAUCAUAUAAUUUAAUCAUUUCUCAUGAUAAAUUGAUUAAAUUUAAAUCUUGUAAUAGUUGUAAAGCAAAACAAUUACCUUGUUGCUUUUCAAAAGGAUUUACAAAAGAAGAUAUUAUGAAUCAUAAGAAACAUUCUACUACCCCAAUUAGUUCUAAUGUGCAACUUGCUACUCCUACUUCUACGCUUGCGUCACCAGUUGCUAUUACUAAUACUUCAUAUUACUCUUCUCCCAAGAAGACGACUAAUAACAAAAUCAUUAAGAAGAAAGUAUUGAAAUUAAAACCUAUUCAACCAAUAACAACCACCACAUUCCCUAAACAAGAAGAAGUCAAGAUCAUUGAACAACUCAAUCUUCAACAACAGAAGCAAGGGUUCUCAAUGCAAAUUCAAGAACAACAACCAUUUCAAGAUCAACAAAAUAUCAAUAGUACUAGUAGAAAGUCAUCUUGUGUCUUGUGUCGUAAGAGAAAGGUUAAAUGUGUUUUCAAUGCUAGCUUGAAUAGAUGUGAAGGUUGUAAUAAGAAGAAUAAUACUUGUGUAUUUGAUAACCAAAAGUAA